AAUAUGGCGGAAAUGAGUCGCACGCGUUAAGUGUCACCUCGUUAAAAAUAUGUCAACACCGAGGGCGACUGGUAAUACUAGAAAAAGGGGGCACCAACACCAUCCUCGAAACGAAGGCAACAGAAGAUCUGCCUUAAAUAAAAGUUACCAGCCAAAAACCAGUGAAAGUAUCCCUCAAGAUGCAGUGACAGUGCAUAAAUCAACAAUAACAAAUGAAAAUACGGUCAUAAAAAAUAGUGCCUCUACUCAAAGUAGUCCAGAACAACAACAACAAAAGUCAAUGGUCAUCCUAGAUGACAGCAACGGCAAUAAAUGUGAUAUUGAAGUGAUAGAUUUAACUAAUUGUGAUGAAGAAGUAGUUGAUAGUAAUCAAGCAACAGGUAGCGAAAAAGUUUGUCGAAAGUGCAGUAAAGAUGUCAAGGAAGAUCGCAACAAUAAAAUACGCAAAUCCAGAACAUCCAAACCUCCCGAAAAGAAAGAUUGCGAAGAAACUAAAGCAGAUAUGUCUCUUAUUUACCGACCUGAGGCAGAGGGGUCAAGCCAGAGUGAUCAAGAAGAUAACAUCAGUCUUGAUCCGGAAUUGGAAGAGUUAUCAAAGCUCCGCUGUACGUCAGAAAUGACUGAAGUGGUAGCUGAAAGGGAGAAACGUCGUAAUAGAAGAUGUGCUGAUUAUCCUGGACUGGCAUUCAGUUCCAUAUUCAGCUCUGAUACCCUCAUGAAGUUUUCAAUCAUCAGGAAUGAACUACACAAUAUUAUGAAUACACAACUAAAAAGGGCGGAAUCCGAGGUGGCCGCCCUCAACAGGCGCAUCCAGCUGCUGGAGGAGGACCUCGAACGGUCGGAGGAACGUCUGGCCACGGCCACCGCCAAGUUGGCCGAGGCCUCCCAGGCGGCCGACGAGAGCGAAAGGAUACGCAAAGCCCUAGAAAAUAGGACGAAUAUGGAGGACGAUCGCGUGUCAUUGUUGGAGCAGCAAUUAGCCCAGGCCAAAUUGAUCGCCGAGGAGGCAGACAAAAAAUACGAAGAGGUCGCCAGAAAGUUGGUGUUGAUGGAGCAAGACUUGGAGAGAUCCGAGGAAAGGGCAGAUCAAAGCGAAAGCAAAAUCGUGGAACUUGAAGAAGAACUUCGUGUUGUAGGCAACAACUUGAAAUCCCUUGAGGUUUCAGAAGAAAAGGCUGCUGUCACGAGAGAAUAUAGCGAAGACAAAAUCCGUAGCAUCUCAGAUAAAUUGCGUGAAGCCGAAGCCAGGGCUGAAUUCGCAGAACGCUCUGUACAAAAACUCCAGAAGGAAGUCGACAGAUUAGAAGACGACCUUUUGCUGGAAAAAGAAAAGAACAAAAUGCUCGCUGACGAGAUGGAGGCCACAUUGCAUGACAUACAGAAUAUGUAAAAAAAAAAACGCCCAUUAGAAGGCCGGCCUCUCGACUAACACAUUCCUGCCUUUUUGCGUUUCCACAUACACACACACAUUGGAAUAUAAACCACUUGAACAAGGGCCAGAACGCGUUCUGGGUCCGAGAUAUUAUGUUUCUUGCAUAAAUUAAGAGAAAAAAAAAUAUCCAAAAUUAAUUGGUGCUUAAUCGUUAGGGUGAACAGUGUGUUGCUUUUUCUUCGCUGCUCGAAAACAGUUUAGUGGACCGAAAAUAUUCCAAAUCAUUCAUUUCACUCUAGGGAUGCAACGAAUAUCGCUGUUAAUUCGGCAGAAUAUGAUUAGAUUCCUGUUUUAAAACUGGUUUGUAAAGUAUUCAGCCGUUUUUAUCAAUUAUAGACCCAUCUAUAAUAGUAAUAGGCAAUAUUCGGUCAUUCCUGUCAAUAUUUGGCUAGAUCUAAUAGUCAAUCAUGUUCACAAAUAUUAGACCAAACCAAGAAGUCCUGUCGAAACGGUCAAAUUCUAACUAUCAAUUUCUACUGACACUGCUAGAUAGAAUAUUCGGCCAAUUUUGUCAAUAUUAGAUCAGACUGAAUAUUCGGCAACGUAAGUAUUCGGCCAUUCCUGCUAAUAUUCGACAAAUCCUGCCAAGUUGUCAAACAUUAUUCUUUUCACUAUCAAUUUCUAUUGGCACUGCUUGAUAGAAUAUUCGGCCAAUUUUUUAAUGUUAGACCAGACUGAAUAUUCGACCCUUUAUAAAAUCCCGGAAUCUUUACCGACUCAAGGCCAGAUUGAAUAUUCGGCAACGUAAGUAUUCGGCAAUUCCUGCUAAUAUUCGACAAAUCCUGCCAAGUUGUCAAACGUUAUACUUUUCACCAUUAAUUUCUAUUGGCACUGCUUGAUAGAAUAUUCGGCCAAUUGUGUCAAUAUUAGAUCAGACUGCAUAGUCGACUCUAUAAUAUCCCGUAAGUUUUACCGACUCAAGGCCAGAUUGAAUAUUUGGCAACGUAGGUAUUCGGUCAUUCCUGCUAAUAUUCGACAAAUCCUACCAAGUUGUCGAACGUCAUUCUUUUCACUAUCAAUUUCUAUUGGCACUGCUCGAUAGAAUAUUCGGCCAAUUUUGUCAAUAUUAGAUUAGACUGAAUAUUCGACCCUUUAUAAAAUCCCGGAAUUUUUACCGACUCAAGGCCAGAUUGGAUAUUCGGCAACGUAGGUAUUCGGCCAUUCCUGCUAAUAUUCGACAAAUCCUGCCAAGUUGUCAAACGCUAUUCUUUUCACUAUCAAUUUCUAUUGGCACAGCGUGAUAGAAUAUUCGGCCCAUUUUGUCAAUAUUAGGUCAGACUGAAUAUUCGACCCUUUAUAAAAUCCCGGAAUUUUUACCGACUCAAGGCCAGAUUGGAUAUUCGGCAACGUAAGUAUUCGACCAUUCCUGCUAUUCUUUUUCACUAUCAAUUUCUAUUGGCACUGAAUAUUAUGAAUUUUUCAUCAAUCUUCAGUAAUUUCUAACCAGACCGAAUAUUUUUUGUCGAAACUGGCAAGUAUUCUUCCUUUAAUAUUCAUUCCUAUUGACAUUAACCUAGACGAAAUCUUCAAUCAUAUCUACCAAUAUUCAGCCAUACCUGCAAAUGUUAGGGGACAGGUAUUUCUGAUAGGUAUUCGACAUUUUCUAACUAUAUUAGAAGAGACCAAAUAUUCGUUGCAUCAUCAUGCUAGUAAUAGGUUAUAAUAUAUUGAUGGUGGUAGUUUAUUCACAGUGAAUAAUACAGUGAAUCCACCGACUACAUUUUGCAUUUAAUUUAAUUUUCGUCGGAUUUCCUUCCAUUUCUAGAUGUAAUGUAGGACACUACUGAUUUUGAUAAGACUUAAAGAAAACUAACUGUACAUUAGAGAGGUUUCCAUCACAUGCCCUUAACUUUUUCGAGCAGUAUCAAGUAUUUAUAAUUGAAUCGGCGAAAGUAUAGUAUAUGAUAUUCGGGCGUGUUUUUUGGAUUUUUGUGCAAAGUUUAAGCGUUGAUCUCUUUCAAACAGCUGCAAUAUAACUGAUUUUUUUGAUCAACACUGCCAUAUGAACGGCCGAAAAAUACUUUAAGAUUAUCGGAUUUUUGUAUAUUGUACAUUUUCUACAAUUAGUCAAUUUUUGUAUGCAGCUUGUUCAUAAAGGAUCCAUAGGGGGUUUUAUAUUAAUUAAUUUAUGUAUAUUUAUCAUUUAUUUCACAAAUCAGUUGCGAGUAUAAGGGUCUGGGUAUCAGUUAUUCGAUUUUGGUUCCUUUAUCCACAAGUAUUUUAUGAACUAUUUCAUUGAUUAUAAUUAUUAAUUAAAUUAUAAAUUAUAGCCUAAAGCCUGUUUAUAUUCUAAUAAUAUUAUGUAUUUUAUUUAGUUGUAUAAAAGUUUUUAAUUC